UUCGGAGAUUUAUACAGACAACACAAAUGAACGUGUCUGCUAGUGUGAGAGUCAAAUUGAUUAGAAUUGUUGAUAGUUUUGCAUAUCGGAAGAAAUUGACUGGCAGAAUUAGUGUAAUUUAUCAUCCCAUUCAGUCGUGUAGUGGCCUAGCGCUCGCCAGCUAGCCUAAUUGCUGUUUCGAGCUCGGCUUCCAAGGUUAACCUGUACAUUUGUUAGUAGACUUUUUAUUGUUUUCAGUAUAGUUUUGAGUGCGCGCUGAGGAUUUAGUUUGUAGAAUGGGUUUGCUGAGUGAAGGAAGUCCGCUGAGUUGGGAGAAAACCAAGCUUGCAGAUCAUGUUCGAAAACACGGGGUUUUGCAGUUCAUAAACUUGUACCAUCGACUGAAAAACAGAGAGGGUGAUGUGCUCAAAUGGGGUGAUGAGGUGGAAUACAUAAUUGUUUCGUUCGAUCAUGAAAAGAAGGUGGCACAAGUGAGCCUUAGGGCACCAGAGGUACUUACAAUACUACAAGAAAAAGAACUCAAAGAUCCCAACAACGUAAAAUCACUAUGGCGGCCCGAAUAUGGUGCCUAUAUGAUAGAAGGCACCCCUGGUAAACCAUACGGCAGUUUGUUGGCACAUUUCAACAUAGUUGAGGCCAAUAUGCGCAUGCGCAGAGAAGAAGCAACGCAUGUUCUACAUGACAACGAAGUUUUGUUCUCGCUUACUGCAUUUCCAAGGUUGGGAUGUCCUAACUUCACCUCUCCUUCGUACACACCGACUCCCAGCUCUGGAGCGGCGUGUUCUCUUUUCAUUCCGGAUGAAACCAUCUUCCCAGGGCAUCCACGUUUCAAAACGCUCACACGCAACAUUCGGAUGAGGAGAGGCGAAAAAGUUGCCAUCAAUUUGCCAGUGUACAAAGACAAAAAUACUCAGUCACCGUUCAAAGAGGAUCUAUCAGCUGAAGGUGAUUCCAGCGCUGCCUUACCUGAUCAUGUAUAUAUGGAUGCUAUGGCUUUUGGAAUGGGAUGCUGUUGUUUACAACUCACUUUCCAGGCGUGUAAUAUAAGAGAGGCCAGGAUACUCUAUGAUCAGCUCACACCGUUAUGCCCUAUCAUGUUAGCUUUGACAGCAGCCAGCCCGGUGCAGCGAGGGGUGUUAACAGAUGUCGAUUGUCGGUGGACUGUGAUUAGUUGCUCAGUUGAUUGUCGCACCCGGGAAGAAAGGGGUCUCCAGCCACUCAAACACAACAAAUUCCGCAUUCCCAAGUCACGCUACGACAGUAUUGACUCUUAUCUGUCGCCCCAGGGAGAAAAGUUUAACGACGUUCCCCUGGUUUAUGAUCAGGCCGUUUACGAUCAGCUGCGAUCAGCUGAUAUCGAUCACCUGCUGGCCCAACACGUUGCUCACCUCUUCGUCAGAGACAGUGUGUCUCUCUUCAGCGAGAAGAUCAAUCAGGAUGAUGAGAACGACACUGAUCAUUUCGAGAACAUCCAAUCAACGAACUGGCAAACGAUGCGCUUUAAGCCUCCCCCUCCUCACUCUGAGAUAGGGUGGCGAGUGGAGUUCAGACCCUGCGAAGCUCAACUCACAGAUUUCGAGAACGCCGCCAUUGUCUGCUUCGUAGUUCUGCUCACAAGGGUCAUACUAUCCUAUAACAUCAAUUUCCUCAUUCCUAUUAGCAAGGUUGAUGACAACAUGGUACGCGCACAGAAACGGGACGCCGUCAACUCGGAACGCUUUUGGUUUCGGAAGGAUGUCGGUCAGUUGUCCGAGUCUGACGAUGUCUGCACGCUUAUGACUGUCAACGAGAUCAUUAAUGGCAAGGAAGGCGUAUUCCCUGGCCUAAUUCCUCUGAUCAACAACUACCUGGGUGGAAUGGAUGUAGACGCCGACACGCACUGCACCAUACAGCAGUACCUCAAGUUGAUCUCGCGACGAGCUUCCGGGGAACUACUUACCACUGCCUCCUGGAUCCGCAAGUUCGUCAAGUCACAUCCUGCCUACAAGGAGGACUCACUGGUGUCGGAAACGAUAAACUACGACCUGUUAGUAGAGGCCCACCGCAUUCAGAAGGGAGAGGUCACUUGUCCUGAGCUGCUGGGUCACUGCGCUAUAUCCAAAACACACGAGACCAUUCCUAAGGCCGUAUCCAAAAACUAUCCCUGUAUAGAUUGACAAGUUUCGGCGAGAAGCUGUUGAAUUUUCUACUGGAGGCAUUUCUUCACCAUCACUGUCAAAAGGCGUGAAGUAAAAGCGUUUCGAGCAAAACUGUUGUUUCAAAAACAUAACAAAACGUUGUUCUCGAGAGAAUGAACAAAGAGAAAGAGACAAGAAUGAACAAAAUGGCUGUGGAAUGAUAGCGGAUCGAACAAACGACCCCCAUGUUAAAUGAGAGAUAACGAUAGAAUAUUGAAGAUGUUAAUUAAUGAUAUUAAAUAUGUUAAUGAAUGAUAUUAAUUAAAUAAUACAUGAUAAUUAUGUAUCACUGUGAUUGUACAAUAAAAUAUAGAUCCUAUGAUCUUGUCGAUAUGUGUAGUGCGAUUCAAUUAAAAACUGUCAUAAUCUGAUUUAUGGGUAGCAUUGAUAUUAUUUACACUGAACGCUGGCAGUUUGAAGUUUAUCUAGAUUUUAUGAAAAAUGAAACUUUGGAUUUUAUUGUUGAUUGUAACGAAAAAUAUUGUUAGUUGUGUCUUAUGGAAAAAUGAGAUAUUCUGCCAAUUAUUGUUGGUUGGUUGUAUUGAAAAUUAUUUAUGAUCGGUUGAGUUUGAUGGAGAAAUGAGAUAAGAAAAAUUAUAUUAUUCUACUGUUGAUUGUAUCGAAAAAUAUGAUUAUUUGUGUCUUAAGAAAAAAUGAGAUAUUUUGCCAA